UGCACGAAGGAGCUGCUGAGCUUCGCUGGAGUUUGAAAGUCUUUGCAGAGGGAGUUAAAAUGGCAACGGUGAUAUAAAUACCCUGACUGUAACAGGAUUAAAGCCAUAACACUUCCUUCCCUGAGAAACUCAAAGAGACUGAAGAGAAGGAACCACAACACAGCCUGAACAGCAGGCUGGUGAGAUCAGAGCUGGGAACUCAGAGCAGUGAGCUGGGACGAGCAGAAGUACAUUAGGAACGGCUUUGGGUGUCUUCCCGCUGGUUUGGACUGAAGCUCCGGCCAGGACGGCAUUAAAAAUACAUAUCCCAAAGGAAGACUCUGGCUCCUCUAUCUCACACACAAAUAAAUCAAUACUCCAAGCUGUGAUUUCUUCAUCACUUUUCCCUCCAGCAACAUUCUGAGUGGGCAGUGAAAAGCUCGGCUGAGCAGAUUCUACUUCUGCAACACUGACAACGCUGUCUGAACUGCAAAAAUGAUUGUAGACGUCAUACUUUUUUAAUGGUCUGCCAGUCUCAGGAUGCAUCUUUCCUUUUCUGAAAAUAGCCAAUCCAAAAAGCUUAUCCAAUAUGUAUUUCUGUUAGCUUUUCUCUUUUAAAAAAUCAUUCCUAUUAUUCUCAUCACCAUCUACUUUGUGUUUAAAUCAAAGUCCAAUACUCUGACCUCAUUAGUCUAUGACAAUACGUUUAGAUUAGCAGUGAGAACUGACACACCUUCAGGAAAGUUAGCAAUUAACGCUCUUUUUCAUUUUCCCUCCCAGACUUCAAUGGCUUGCUAAUUAAAGCGCUCCAUCACUGAAACUGACUCCUACCUUUCUUUCCAUGGAUUGCGAAGGUUAUUAGCAUAUUUAUAAGCCAGAGAUUCACCCCAUCCUGUGGAAUGUGAAAUGUGACAUUGACCACUCGUUUGGGCCUCAUGGCCUGGAGCAGAUCGCUUCUGAUGUGUAAAAGUAAAAUGCGCUAGACAAGCUCAUAAGCACAAUAGAGGGAGAAAAGAAAGAGAGGAAUUAAGAGGAGGGAGGCGUUCAGGCACACAGCUUUAUUCCCUACCUGCAAGAUGAUUCAUGCAUGUAUGAAACAACAAUUUAAAGAAAUACAUUAAAGAUGGAUUACCCGCUCUAGAAUAAAAACCAAGCGCUGCACUGAGAUCUCCUCAACAGCCACGUCCCUCAAAAACAAGAUGGAGAGCCUGGAUGAAUUGGAGCAUCCACUUUUGGAAGACAGUCCCACCCACUCAUCCAGAACGGGCAACAGCAGCCUCUUCAGGGGCAUUUUUGUAAGAUGCGAAGACGAAAAACACCUGCCGUCUCCAGCAUGGACGAGCUAUUCUGUUCCUAUGGAUUUAUCCCAGGAGCAGCUGCUGGAUCCUUGUUCACUCCCCAGCACGAUCGAGUCUUUCUACACUCCUUCUGCUCCUAUAUGGGGCCCUGCAGACUCCCUGGGCCUCCACAGCAAGGAGUACCUGGAAACCACGUUCAUGGAUAUCCGGCCUGGAUCUCCUCUGAAGCGGAAGCUGCUGGCAGUAAGCAGGGACGUCCACAGCGUGUCCUACAGCAUGGAGGAUGAAGACGACCUGCUGCCAGACUUUGAGGAUUCUUCCAGUGACGACUUCACUGACACGGAAAGUGAAAGCAACUUCCCGCUUAUGAUCCCACAGGAUCACCUCGGCCUGGCCUUCUUCUCUAUGCUCUGCUGCUUCUGGCCUUUAGGCAUCGCUGCCUUUUAUCUGUCUCAGAAGACGAACAAAGCAUGGGCGCAGGGUGACAUCCAGGCAGCAAACAAGGCAUCUCGUCACACUCUUUGGCUCUCCAUCGUCUCCAUCAUCUUCGGCAUUAUUACCUACAUCUGCGCCGUCGCCGCUCUCAUCUCUUACCUGUCCGCCAAGCCACCAUAAAGUGUUCUCAGUUUCAAGCCCCUCCCCUUUAAAUGAAGCUGUCCCCGCCUCCUGAAGACACACACUGAUUCUCGGCUCAUACUCUCAAACAGAUUUGUACCAUGUAUUAAUACUGGGCUUUUAUUCUAAUUAACCUUCCCGGAUUUUAAGGGCCUGGACUUGUAAAGGGAUGGACGCUAAUACGACAGAUGGGAAAUGGAUCUCAGGAAGGAUCUAACAGAAGAAAUACAUCCCGUGCUUUUUUUUUUGGAACGCUUACAGCAGUGCAGCAAUGGCACGAUGCCAUGGAAAGAAAACAGCUUGCGUAGAUGAGAGAGCUGGCUCCUCCCAAAUGAUUUCUGAGACCUGAGGGUGUGUUUGAAGGACUUGACAAGGACUGAAAGAACAAAACUUUCUCCAGGUCACGUUCCUCCUGCACCUCUAAAACACCGGCGCAGUUUUGGGGUUGUAACAUCUGGAUAUCCGAAACAAACAAGAAAACAUACAAUAAUUCAGUUUACUCAGAAAUUUUCCGAUGAUCUGGCAAAAGGCAGGAGUACACCCUGAAUGCACUGCCAGUACACACACAUACUUGUUCAAAGUAAGUGUUUUUGAGAGGUGGGAGGAAUCUGGUGGCACAUGGACAACAUGGAAAACUCCACACAGACAGUAACCCAAGCUCAGGCUCAGGAGCGAACAUGGCACCCUGGUGCUGUGAUUUACGGCAGCAAUGCUACCCACUGCACCACUAUUCCACCUCUGUCUCUGAUUUAGUGAGUGCCAAAAAAGGUUUCUGUCGUAAAAGGACCAUAAAGGACAUCAAAUGGAGCAACAGACAGACUUUAUGCAGCAAACACUUCUUAUACUGUAUGAAGAAGCUUACGUAACAAUGUUGUUGGAGAGCCCGAUUUAUGUGGGAGCCUGGAAAAACCAUUCAGAUAAUCAAAUAUAAUGCAGUAUACUGUGGAGUUUCCUGAACCUACAUUAAAACAAGGCACGGUAAAGUCAAACCACAACUUUUGAUUGUACAGAAAAACAGAACACAGUUAUGAGACUUCCUUUAUAAAAUAAAUAAUAAAACUUCCUUUAUUUCUCUUUAUUCCCCUGCUAAUGCGCUAAUGCACUUCACUUUCCCUAGUAAAGGUAGAACGUUUUCUCAGUACGCUGGAGCAGUGAUCGGACUCCCUGCGUCACAUCUGAAACACUGGCCUCCCAGGAACUCCAUUAAUUGCCCAAACAUGUGGACAUCACUUAGAGCAAGGUCAGAACUGUGGCAAUAACUCUCAGUCGAGUUCCUGUAAUGUGUAAGUGGUGCGGUGGGCAGUGUGAGUUUGUGUAUUGUCCUGCAAAAAAAUAAAAAAGAUCGCCUUUGGUGGUCAAAGCAGGCUUUCCAUUUAAGAAAAUUAAGGGAUUAUAUUAAGAAAUGAAGGCAGCUUUUCCUCCCAUAAUUGUAUUCUGUUAUUCUGUACGAUCAAAAGUUCUGGUUUGUCUUGAACACCUUUGCAUUUUCCCCUUUCCUAAUGCCUCUCAACUAGAUUUAAAUUCUACCAUUAAAAAUACAAUUACUCCCAAAAGUGAAAAUGGACAUCGGGCAAUAAAUAUAGAGAUUUCAUUUUUCCUUUUAGCUCUGCAUUUAUAACUAGAGAAGGUCCGUUUAAAAUGAUAAUUAUAAUUUAUAAUAAGUUUACAACGGGAAAUGAGUUCUCACUUUAAUUUUUCGGUGUCUGGCUCAUCAGUUGAGGUAAAAUUCGCUCACAGGCUUGUUGUUGUCACGUCACUUGCCUGAUCUCUGUGGUUACACUAACGCUGGUGAAGAAAUCAUCUCUGGUUUGCUUUAUUGUACUUACCAUCUUUUAAUUGGAUUAUUUAAAUGGGUUAAAACUGUGUCUAUGUUGUUGUUCUCUGUUUUGACAGUGAUGUCAUGGACAUCUGAUUAGGCUUAAGUCUGUUUCGCUGUGAUAGCCACUUGAUAAACACAUGACUUUUUCUGUGUGAGAAAAGCAUACUUAAUAAUGUUUUAAGCAUGUAUGAUUGCAUGAACAUUAUUUUUGUUAAGCUGGAUUUUUGAAAAAAAAAAAUUUUUUGCAGGCAAAAACCGAAGACUAUGUUAAAAACUAGCUUAAAGUGCCUUGAAAAGUGUUCCUUUCCCCUUUUCCUUUUUUUUUGCAUAUUUGUCAAUGAUUGCGACAGUGGCAUGAUUUUUGUGUUGCUUUUUCAUAUAUUUUAGUGUGUUUAACUUUAUCAGGUUCUACUAAGUGAUUUCUUGAUUCUACAGGUCUGGCCAUAUUCAAGCCUGUAUAUGGAAAGUAA